UAAGAGUUUAUUAAAAGUUAAUAUUUAAUAUGCAAGUUUGUUACACCACUUAUAGUGCUUUAUUGGUGCCUCAUGCAUUUCUAAUUGUAUCUUAAGGCCGUAAAUAAUAGUAUAGUAAAGCUUCUGAUAUCGAGUAAAGCUGAAAUGCUAAUGCGCUCAGUUCUAGUUGUAUCUCCGAGCAGUAAACUUUAAUAAAGUUGAGAUAAUGGUAUCGAAGGAUAUUACCGCUGAGUAUGCUACAGAGACUGCGGCAGAAAUUGAAGGUCCUAGAGUGGGCGUGCGACACUUGCAAAGCUUCCUUUUAUUCCUCGGUUUCUCGGUGGGGUUUAUGCAACGAACCAAUCUCUCUGUGGCCAUUGUGGCAAUGAUGGAUCGGAAUUCAACAAAUCCAGAUUUUCCGGAGUAUAACUGGUCGGAGCAAUCCAAGUCACUGUUGCUAAGCAGCUUUUUUUGGGGUUACGUCAUCAUGCAGAUACCAAGCGGUCAGUUGGCGCAGCGAUUUGGCGGUAAAGUAAUGUUGCUUUUCAGUAUCGGCGUUUCAGGAUUUUUCGCCAUAUUUACGCCCUUAAGCGCACAAAUGGGCGAUUGGCAAUUCAUUUGCGCUUUACGAUUUCUGCAAGGCUUCUGUCAAGCUGCCGUAUAUCCUUCGGUGCAAAUUAUUUUAGCCCGAUGGGCGCCACCAGCUGAACGCGGUGUACUUGCAACAAUUUGCUAUUCCGGCUCACAAUUCGGCACGAUCAUCAUAUUGAGUAUUAGUGGUACAUUAGCUACUUCAAAGUUUGGAUGGCCGAGCAUUUUCUAUGUUUCCGGCGGUUGUAGCAUUAUCUGGGCGCUUGUGUGGCUGUUGUGGGGCGCUGAUUCUCCACGUCAAUCCAAAUUAAUAUCAUCAGAGGAGCGGAAUUACAUUGAAUCAACAUUAGGAGCGAUUUCAAAGAGUGAGAAUAAUGCCAUCUCAGCAAAGUUGCCCACACCUUGGUUGAGCAUAAUCACAUCCGUGCCAUUUUGGGCACUAUUCACAUCCCAAUGUGCCUACAGUUGGGGCUAUUGGACAUUGAUAACACAAAUACCCUCGUACAUAAAGAAUGUGUUCGACAAAGAUAUCAAAAGUAAUGCCUUGCUCUCCGCCCUGCCAUAUGCCGCUAAUCUAGUACUCGGUUUGUGUUUCUGUGCCCUUGCCCAGGUACUGCUGUCAGCGAAGUUGUUGCGCACAAAUGCUAGUCGCAAGAUUUUCAACACGAUCGGUAUAUGGAUACCGAUGGCGGCCACAAUUGCGCUGGGGUUUGUUGAUGCCAAUAGCGCUGAUUUGGCCGUUAUUCUACUUACUGUGGCUGUGGGCGCCAACUCAGCAACAUUUUUGGGUGGAUUUGUGAAUCAUAUUGACUUAUCGCUGAAUUUCCCCGGAACAUUGAUGAGCAUUACAAAUUUAGGGGCUACUUUGAUGAGCAUUAUUACACCAUUAGUUGUUGGCGUCAUUGUGACAGAUACGACAAACCCAAAUCAGUGGCGUUUAAUAUUUUACAUUAUGGCAUUGUGGUAUUUUAUUGGCAAUUUACUGUUUAUAACUUUGGGUAGCACUAAAUUGCAGCCGUGGAACGAGCCGGCGAAACGAGACACAGAUCAUGAGCGUAUCAAUCAAGUGGUAGCAGGUACCCAGGAGCAUAAAUUACCAAAACUUGUAUUACCUAACUGGUAGACAACAAUUAGAAUGGUGAAGUCAUCUACAUUGCAUUUAGUAAACAUGCUGAGAUGAAGCAUAAUGCUAAUUCGGAAUAUGAUAGAAAAAGUGUAAGAAUUAAGUAUAUACGAUUUUUGGUUGUUCUUUCAGUUUUAAUAAGUUUUUGCCACUAAAGUUUGUUAG